AUGGUCGACAUACUUUAUUCUCUAGUCGAUGUCAAUGAACGAUUUAAUCGAUUAGCACUGUAUUUUGUUUACACUCAUCAUCAUCUGAAUUUAGUAAUCAGUCCAUUAGUUGAACAUUACUCGUCUUCCAUCGACGGUCAAGUGCUCGAUCGAAUUUGCAGAAACGUUUUGCCUCAAAUCUCGAAUAACAUUUAUCAGCUAACUGUUGAACCACUUUCUCUCGAACGUGUUCUCAGCAGUGCUAACUAUCCUUAUCUGCAUUCGUUGGCACUAGUCAAUUUUCCAUCAGAAAUACUGUUACCACAAUUGAUAGGUAACACAAAACUUGUGCGUCAUCUAACUGAUCAAAUUACUGAGCUCCAUGUCGAGAGUUAUAUUAACAAGGACAAAUCAACUAAUAGACGUGAAUUAGAUAUUUUUGCACUAAUAAUAUCUGUUAAAGGAUUGACAUAUUAUUAUGAUAGACAAAUCGUUCCACUGCUUCGCCGAAUGUCAAAUCUAGAAGAAUUGUCAUUAUUUCUAACAGUACUAAGAUUCGAUUCGACCUUCAUUGAUGGCAAACAACUGUACAAUGAUUUUCUCAGUGCAAUGACACGAUUACAAAAAUUCUCUUUCAACAUUCACACCCAACUCGACAAUAAAGAAACGGAAAUUCAUCUUCCAUCAAGCAAUGAUCUUCGAGAAAGUUUCUUUGAAAUCGGUUACGAAAAUGUCGAUGCAUUUGGUGAUAUAAAUUUCGUUAAUAAUCGAGCUGAUUCUCAUAUUUUUUCAUUACCAUAUGAAUUCAAACAGUUCUAUUUUAUGACCAGUGUUUUUCCAGGUGGUAAAUUUGAUCAGGUUCAAAUGUUGGCGAUGUUUGAUCGACGACCAUUCGAGCAUCGAUUAUUUAAAAUUAUCGCUCGAGAUCUGCCUUUUCUUCGAUUGUUAGUUGUGGCUAAUCGUGAAGGACAACAAAUUGAAGAUCAUUCAGACGAAUGUGUGACAUUUAGUCACCUGUGCAAACUCACACUUGGAUACUCGCACAGUGAUUAUGCGAAGGAAUUUCUCUGCAAUGAAAAUGUUGCUCUACCGCGUUUAACCAAUCUCGCGAUUACAUAUCAAACAUUAGAAACGGUAACAAACAGUUUCACUCAUCAUCAAGCACGUCGUACUUGUAAUAGGAUAACAAAGAUUCAUUUUCCUGAACCAUUUGUUCGUUCAAGUAAUUUCCAUUUGUGUUUUCCUCACUUGUAA